CAAAGUAGGCGAGUACCCAAACAGCUGUAUUUGACAGUUUCCCAUCGAUCCGUUGUCACAUUUGGCAGGCAGGUUUAAGACGAUGUGUUUGUUUUUAUCUCGAGGCAUAUUAUAAAAAUAAAAACCUGCAGUGCAAAUUCUGUAAACCUGACAUAACACACGUAUAUAUAUUUACCAAUUAAGAUAAGAAUGUAAAAAUAGACCAUUCUACAUUGUGGAAAAAGCACGUAAUAAAUACUGUUGGUUUGAUAACAUUCAUCUAGAAAUAUUGGUUUCUUUCUAUCUAGAAACCUCUGACAUAAUAAAUAGAAGAUAAUUCGAAUUAGAUGGGUAUUGAGGAUUCGUUUAUCUGGUAUCAGAAGAAAAUUGGAACCUACGAUAAACAACAAUGGGAAACCAGUAUAGAACAAAAAAUUCUCAAUGGUUUGAAUAACAUUUCGAUGAGAAGCACUAAACCAAACACCAACCUUAUUGAUCUCGAUUUAGUGAGAGGUUCAUCUUUCACUAAAGCCAAACCACAGCAUGGCCUAGUAACCGUGGCCAAGCAGGCAACGCUACGAUGUGUUUUGUUGCCUUUUUAUGCAAAAUGGUGGAUUCGUCGUACCUCAAAGUUAGAAUUUGGAAUUUUCCUGGCUCUUUACUUGCUACUUUGGGCAAACAUAACUAUUUAUUUCAUCCAAGGGCAUUCUUCUAAAGAACUGGAUAUGUCGAUGAUGCUUCCGUACACAGAAAUUCUCAUUCCUUUCACCAUGACCUGGGUUAUGACCUUGAUCUUCUCUCAAAUAGUUUCUACUAAACCUCUGACAGAACCUUCUAAAAAAACGAGAGGUCACAAACCGAAGCAAUUCAGAAGAAGGAGGAAUCAGGUGCGAAAAAAUGACUCUCGCGUUUCUUUUGCUGACUCGUCUGUGGACUCGUCAACUCCAAAAGUGACAGUGACACAGCCAGAAGAAGAGGUAGAUGUCGUUGAACCUGUUCCGAAAAAUGAGGAAACUGAACAGGACGAUCCUGCUCCUAGUGAUGAAGGCAACAAAGAGGAAGAAGAAGAUAUUCCGGUUAUCCAGAAUGACGCUGAAAGACGGGAUAAAUGUUAUUGCAAAAGUAGAAGGCCUUUGAACUUUCUAGCAGUUAGGAGACCUCGCACCCAAGGUGAUGAUGACGGUUUUGAGAGCUUUUGCGGUAAUGGUUCUCGAACCAGUGAAGAAGAAAUACCGACCUCCCCAGAUUGUCAUGUUUGCAAAAAGUGCAAUAGAUGGAUCAGGCAAGUUCAAGGGGUAAAGAAUUUUUUGGACAAUAGAUCGAAUAGUGAAAGUAGAGCAUUCAGUUCCGAUAGUGAAAGUGAAGCUGAUAUAAGAAGGCUACCAUCCGCUUUGAGGAAAAUGAAUUACUCUCAUGUUGAGAGUACUCUUGACGAUACAGAUGAAUUCACUGAGCAGGUUGAAUGGAUGGGCGUUACGACCAAUAGUGACGAUUGCAGCUACACUUCAGAUAUGGACGAUGUGAGAAGUAAUAGUAGGUUAAGGAGCAGCUGCGAGUACAACUACACACCAACAGCCAUCUUGAACCCCCCAAGUGCAAAAGUCAGCUGUACUGUUUGGGAAAGAAGGGAAAUCAAAAAGGCAGAUCUGUCAAUGUUAGAUAUCAGCUCCGCAAUCAUCGCUAGGGUGGAAUCGAUGCCCGAGUCCAUGGAUUAUUUUUACAUUGGGGUCUGCGUAUCCGUGGUACUGGCCUUUUUACCCAUCAUCCACCGUUCAGCCAAGGAUAUGAUAUCUUUCGCCGAAUUUGAGCAUAUUAUCUUCAAUUUCGUUCUGGAGGUCAACUGCAACCGACUGCUGAAUGCUAUGUCGGAAAUCUUGAAUGACUGCUACGGAACAACCUUCUGGGAGAGGAUAUUCAGAAUAAACGCAUCUGUUCAGAGAUGCACCCUAGCUACAUUUUACUUUUUCUUGCUCUCUGUAGCGGAAAGAACUUUCAAACAACGUUUCCUCUACGCGAAGCUAUUCUCACAUCUGACCUCAUUUCGUAAAGCACAAAAAUCGAAACUUCCCCAUUUCAGAUUGAACAAGGUUAGGAAUAUAAAGACGUGGUUGUCCGUCAGGGCCUACUUGAAGAGGAGGGGACCGCAAAGAUCGGUGGAUGUUAUCGUGUCCACCGCUUUCAUACUCAUGAUGAUGCUUAUGUCGUUCCUAUGCAUCGAAUUGUUGAAGGAAACACUUUCCUUGAAUAUUUUGUCGAAUGUUGAAGCUUUGGUUUGGUGUUUUGGACUGGGCAUUUUUCUGUUACGAUUUCUCACCCUAGGAACGAGGAUCAACAAGAAAUACAGAAACUUGUCUGUUCUUUUAACGGAACAGAUCAAUCUGCAUCUACAGAUUGAGCAGAAGCCGCAUAAGAAAGAAGAGUUGAAUGUGGCUAACAACGUGCUUAAACUGGCCAUUGAUCUGUUGAAGGAGUUGGAAAGUCCCUUUAAAAUCAUAGGAUUUUCUGCUAAUCCAAUCAUCGCCAACAUCACGAAAGUGGUCAUACUUUCUGCUUUCUCCGGCGUUUUAUCGGACAUGUUAGGCUUCAAACUGAAACUCCAUAAGAUAAAAAUCAAAUAAGCGCACUGAGACUCCAUUUGGACAUACACAGUGUCUCAGUCACAGAUAGUUUUAAGCGUUCAUUAUGAGCAAUCUUCAACUACGAACCAAUCACCAGUACAUAUUGUUCUGGUGCCACUGGCCGGUGCCUACCCGUAGGUAGAACCAGCCGAAAGAUAGUAAUUAUUGACGACUGUAAAGGACGUCUCUAAAAACACGAUAGUCGAAGUUAUGCAUGAGUAUUGAGGAAAAAAGUUGUUAAAGGUUUGUUACGUUCAGUAAACUUUAAAUAAGCUUGUGAAAUUCUUGCAUUCAUUUUUGCAUGGAUAUGAUCACGUGUUAUAGACUAACUUUGCGAUGUUUCUAGGGACGCCCCUAUUAGAGGUGAUAUUAGAAUAGUGAUAUUAAUUUUAAGUAAUUCAAUUCGUUUUGAAUCUUGGAUUUUAUUUAUACAUGUAAUAUAAUUAGAUUAUAUCUAGUUAUUUUUUUUAUUCUGUUGUAACAAUAAUGCACUGACUUAUCUUACGAAUUAUAGAAAGAUAAAAAAUUA